AUGGAUCUUCAUAUACCAAAUAAUAAUCAUAAUAAACAUGAUGAUAAGAAUAAUACUACCACUAUCGAAAGGGAUAAACAUUAUCAACUGUUAAGACACUCAUCCUUAGAUAAUGCAGAUAAAAUUUUACAAGAUUUAGAUAGGAAAUUAUCAAUACUGUCAAAUACUUCAUCUCAACAAACAAAUACAUCAUCAGUUAUACAAAAUAAUCAAUUUAAAGGUUUAGGUAAACAAAAUAUUCAAAUUAAUAUAUUAGAUAAAUUACAAAAAAUUGAUCAACAAAAUACAAAACAAGACUUAAAUCAAAAUUUAAAAAAUGAUAUAAUAUAUGAUAAUAUUUUUAAUCCUACUGAAAUAUUCAAUGAAAUAUCUAUGGAAAAUUUUAAAACAACUACUUUUAAUCAACAAUAUAAUGAUGAUAAACUAGGGUUAGAAAAUAAUCAAAGUAAAACCAAAUCUCCGAGCAGGAAGGAUUUUACAAAAUCUGAUUCUUUAACUGAUAAUAAUGGUAAAAUAAUAAGAAAAAACUCAUUAAAUUUAGCUCAAAAUAGAUUGGAAAGAAGCGGACAUGAAGAUUCUACUAAAAAAAUUAAAGUUAAAUUAGAACUGGAGCAAGAGGAUGAUGAGGAUGAUGUACCUCAUAGAUUAGAAAUUUUAGAUGAUUUACAGAAUUAUAAUAGUGAUGAUGAAAUAGAAGAUGAUAAAUUCCAUAAUGGAGAAGAAGAACAAAAUGAUAAUAUAAAUUCAGAAGAUGAUGAACUAACGAUGGAAGAUGAUAGUUUAAUGAUGACAUUAUCCCCACCAAGAUCACCACCAUCAGAAUUAGAUCCAGAUAAAUUAUAUGGUUUAUACGAUUUUUCAGGUCCAGAUCCAUCACAUUGUUCAUUAACUCGUAAUGAACCAGUCCAUUUAAUAAAUGAUGAAGAUAAUUAUUGGUGGUUAAUUAAAAAAUUAACAAAAAUUGAAAGAAUAGCAAGAGAAAAUGAAGGGGAUUUAUCAAAAGAUAUAGAUGAUUUAAGUUCAGAUGAAGAAGAUGGAAAAAUUGGUUUCGUACCUGCUGAAUGUUUGGAAACUCAUGGUGAAAGAUUAGCAAGAUUAAAUUGUUACAAGAAUGAAGAAAUUGAAAAAUCAACUGAAGGUGAUCUAACUAUUGUUAAUACUUCAAAACUGAAUAUUUCUUUAAAAGCUUCGAAAUCAGUUACUUUUGUAAAUCUACUACAAAAUGAAGAGAGUGAAAAUGAAGAAGAAGAUGAAGAAGAAAAUAAUGAAGUCAUAAGUGCAGAAAAAAUAAUAAAGGAAGAAGUACCAAUACAUAAUGAUAAUGAAAAUAUUUAUUCAAUGAUGAAUGAUCAAGAAAUACGGAUAAAUUUAGCUCAAUAUAAUAUAGAAGCGCCAGAUUUAUAUCCUCCACAACAUCAAGACAAAGAAACAUUAAGUGAUGUGUAUCCAGCAGAAACACCAUUAAUUAUAACCAAAAAGAACUCAAUAAAAAACUCACCAUCAACCACCACCAACACUACAACCACAGCUUCACCAUCAAAUUCUAAACUAACAACUCCAAUCUUACAACAAACAAAUAAAUUCAAUGAAUCAUUAUAUCCACAACCUAGAAAAUUCGGUAACUACGACAAUCUUGAUGAUGUUUCAAUAAGUUCAUUCUCACCAGAUACUCCAUUAGAAUUAAAAUCUCCAAGAUUCAACAGUAAUAGUGAAAUAAAUAAAUCUCCUAAUUUAAGAAGACUGAUUAUAUUGGACAGAUUGACUAAAGUUACUAGUGAUAUUGAAGAACAAAUGAAUAGUCAUAAUUCAGAUGAUGAAGAAAGAACGUCAAAUGGGAGUAAAGAACAAAUUGAACAAAUUGGAGUAAAAAUUAAAAAACCUUUACAAGAAGAUGAAAGUGAAGAUGAUGAUGAAGAAUUUUCUUUUGAUAGUUAUGCUCAAGAUCAUUCAAUUGAAAUUGCAAGAAAUGACAAUGAUAAGGAUAGUCUAGACAAUAUGGUUGACGAGGGUAAUCUGAGUAUAAGUUUGGAAGAAAUAGAUAAAGAUAGUUUUAUAAAUAACAUUAAAAGUAAUGAGGAAUUAAAAAACUAUAACCAUCAAGUGAGUAAUGAAGGAUCCAAGCAAAUCACAAAUUCAAGUUUAAUUAAUCAAUCUAGAAAUUCAUCAACUACUUCAAUAAACAGAAACAAUUCACUAACAACCAGGACACAUCAGUUAUAUCGAAGUUCAACAUCAUCACUAAAUGUAAUAUCAAGUGCUGAAAAAUUACGAACACCACCAUCAAAUCACCAAAAUCAUUCAACAUCAACUCCAAUUAUCAACAUCAACAAUAGUAAUCCACUCAGCUAUAACAAGACCAAUCAAAAAAGUCUAACUAGUGUUAUAGAUGAAGUUGAAAUAUUAAGUGAUAUAGAUAAUGAUUUAUCAAAUCAAAAUUUUGAAGAAAAUAAUAUAACACCUUUAACAAGUAUGAAUUCAUUAACUCCUCAACAAAAUAAUUCAACAACCAGUAAUAAUAAUAUUAAUGAUACUAAUAUAAUUCAAACUAAUUUAUCACCUGAAAGAUACACCGAAAAAGAAAAAACUACUAGCAAUAAAGAAAAAAGAAAAUCAAAACCUGUUCAUGAUAUGUUUAUGCCAAUAUUAGGGAAAUUUGAUGAAUUAGCUGAAAAAUUAGCUGAAUUAGAUGAUAUUUUGAAAUAA